AUGCGGUCGCUCGGCUCGAUCACGCCCAGCGCCGUCUCGCUGACCCAGGCCAGCAGCGCCGAGGCGACGAUGACCUUGAACAGCCAGCGGGUGCCGAACGGCCCGAGCACGACCAGGGUCGGCCCCCUCAUGGCCCGGCGACCUCCGGAGGGCCCAGGGCCGCGCUCGCGGCCUCGAAAUCCAAGGCCGACAGCGCGGCAUCGAUCGCCUGGCGCUGCCCGGCGCCCAGCGGCGCGCCCACCAGCGCGCCGUGCGGCAGCUCGACUCGCAGCUCACGUCGGUGCAGCGUCUGCAGGGCGACAGCACGCCGACGCUCUUCUUCGUGCAGCCGGUCGUGGUGAGCGAGCAGGUGCUCGGCACGGUCAUCCUGCAGCUCGACCUGGACCGGCUGCUGCGCGUCGCCACGGAACAGUCCGGCCUGGCCGUGGCCGGCGAGACCGUGCUGGUGCGACGGGAAGGCGCCAAGGCGGUCUUCCUGAACGAGCUGCGCCGCGGCGUGCUGACGAGCCUGAACGGGCAGAUGGACAUGUCGGCGUCGCAGCUGCCGCCGGCGCUGCGCGCGCUGCGUGGCGAAAGUGGCAGCGGCCUGCAGAUCGACUACUCCGGCGUGCAGGUGGUGUCGUCCUGGCGUUACCUGCCCGCGCUGGACUGGGGCAUGGCCGUGAACCUGGAUGCGUCCGAAGCCUUCGCGCAGGCCCGGGUGCUGCGAGAGCGCCUCGUGCUGGCGCUGGGCGUGGCCCUGGUGCUCGCGCUGGCGCUGGGAUUGCUGCUGCGCAGGCGCAUCGUGGAGCCGGUGGAGAUGCUGGGCGCUUCGGUCGCGCGCAUUGCGGGCGGCGAGUUGAACGAACGGGCGCCGGUCGUGGGCUUCAUCGAGUUCCAGGACCUCGCUCACGGCUUCAACCACAUGACGGAGCAGCUCGUCGUCGAGCGGCAGCUGCUGGAGGCGCGGGUGGAGCAGCGCACGCGCGACUUGAACGACAGCGAACAACGCUUCCGCGGGGUGUUCGAGCGGGCGCAGAGCCUGGGCGGGUACCUCGUCAAGCCGGUCACGGCGUCGAUGCUGCACGACGCGGUCGCCGAGGCUACCGGUGGCCGCUCCUCGGCGAGCCUGCGCGAGGCGUCCGGCGAGCCGCGCCUGCAAGGCAUGCGCCUGCUCGUGGUGGAAGACAACGGUUUCAACCAGCAGGUGGCCCAGGAACUGCUGGAAGGCGAGGGCGCCCUCGUCACGCUCGCCGGCGGGGGCGUCGAGGGUGUGCACCUGGCGCUCGUGACGGAGCCGGCCUUCGACGCCAUCCUGAUGGAUGUGCAGAUGCCCGACAUCGACGGCUUCGAGGCCACGCAGCGCAUCCUGGCGCGGCGUCCGGGGAGCCUGAUCAUCGCGAUGACGGCCAAUGCGAUGGAGUCCGACCGGCAGGCUUGCCUGGCCGCGGGCAUGCGCGACCACGUGGCCAAGCCGGUGGACCUGGAGCAGCUGGUCAGCUGCCUGCGACGUUAUGUGAAUCCGCUGGACUCGCGGCCCAGCGAGACGUCGGCGCCCGGGGCGGCGCUGGGUGA